AUGGCUCCAGGACGCGGGAAAGGACGAGGACGUGGACGAGGCGGACCAAGAGGGAGCUACGGCUGGUACCAUGAACCCAUCACGAGUCUCGACGAGAGCUUCUGCAUGUCGAUCCACAAGGCGCUGCAGUCGCUUGUCGACGACGGCGAGCGCGCGGAGCUGAGCUUCCCGUCGACGUACGACAACACGCAGCGUCGCUAUAUCCACAUGAUGGCUGAGAAGUACGGUCUCUUCUCGAAGAGCGCCGGCAGGAAAGGAGACGGUCGCUUCAUCCACGUGGCGUCCGUGAAGAAGAACGCCGCGAUGGAGAAAGUGUCGUUGCGUCUGCACCCGACGCCUCUGAACCCAAAGAUGGACGAGUGGUAUCCACCCGAAGUGAAGCAGUACAUGGCGACUUAUCCGUCUCCUUCGCUGGAAGACGAGGGAGCAGUGGAUCCAUGGGGGGCCAAGACAUUUACGCCACUGGGGGUCGCGCCUAUGCAACAUCGCGGUCGAGAGGCGUUGUUUAGCCACCUGCCGAGCCGUGGCAGUCAGAACGGACCAAAGAUCGUGCGGACUCCACUUGUUGAAGUGACAAAGCUGCCGGUGUAUCAAUAUCGUGAGCAGAUACUGAACCUUGUAGAGGAGAAUCAGAUUGUGGUACUGUCAGCAGAUACUGGAUGUGGAAAAUCAACGCAGAUCCCGCAGUUCUUGCUGGAUGAUGCGUUAGCACGAGGACGAGGCAAGGAAACGAGGAUUAUUUGUACUCAACCACGACGAAUCAGCGCAAUGUCCCUCGCGCAACGAGUGGCAAGUGAACGCCCAGGACAGAGCUCCAAAGAAGUGGGGUAUGCGAUUCGAUUUGAUUCGUCGUUUGAUGCCAAGCAGUCCAAGCUCAUCUUCUGCACGACAGGCACGCUGCUCAAAUGGCUUAACAAUGACCCAUCGUCGCUCGGCUUUUCGCACAUCAUUUUGGACGAAGUGCACGAGCGGGACAUGUUUACUGAUUUCUUGCUUAUUCUGAUCAAGACAUCUAUUCUUAAGCAGAGACCGGACCUCAAGGUGAUUCUCAUGAGCGCGACGAUCCAAGUGGAAAAGUUCUCGCAGUACUUCCAACCAGAAUUUCAUCCGCCGAUACUCCAGAUGGUGGGAGGCACUAACUAUCCAGUGUCCACGCUUUUUCUCGAAGAUAUUCUAGCACUACUGAAGAUCGACCGCACUUCGUCGCUGCCAAUUAUGGACGAUUCGCAAAGUGGUCUUACCGGAGAUGGGUCCAUAAGCCAACCAGGAGCACCGGCUGUGGAUAACAUGCUAGUAUGUUCAUUAUGCGGUUGUGCGAGUUUCGAAGAUGAAGAGGCGUUCGGCAUGCACGUAGCGACUUGCUUUGGCAAGCCAAGUGCUGAUUGUGAAGCACCGCGUACUCCCAAACAGGACACUGCCCCAUCAGCAGUGCCUGUUUCUGCUAUGGGAGAUUUUCUGCAAGCCGCGCUGCGUGGAAUAAAACAGAAAGCGAAGAAUGCCGCACUUAAAUCGUAUACGAAGCAGUACGAUGCGCUGCAACAGGACCAGACCAUCGACUACAAUCUGUUGCUACAGCUGCUUUUCCUGAUAAACCGCAUGUUCCCGCUCGGUGAAGAUGGAAAAGGAGCUAUUCUGGUAUUUCUUCCUGGCUGGGAAGAAAUCUCUUUCAUGGAGCAAUCUCUUCUCAAGUCAGAAGCAACAUCAGCAACCUACGAGAUUGCUCUUCUUCACUCGCGUUUGGCACCCGAGGAACAGCGUCGCGCAUUCAUGACACCACCGCCUGGAAAGCGGAAACUGGUGCUGGCUACCAACAUCGCCGAAACCAGUCUUACUAUCGAAGAUGUGGUGUUUGUCGUGGACUGUGGCAAAUCCAAGCAGACGCACGCGCUUGCUGCAACUUCGGCCUCAUCUUUUGUGAUGGGUUUGCAAACUACGUGGAUUGCACGGGCAAAUUGCGUGCAGCGCAUAGGUCGCGCUGGUCGUGUUCGUGCGGGUGUUUGCUUUCGCCUUUUCUCGAAAAAUCGAUACGAGACAGCGAUGAAAGAGUAUAUGCCUCCACAGUUGCUUACCAAUCCGUUGGAAGAGCUGUUGCUGCAAAUUAUGCUUCUUCAAAUGGACAAGAAGCUCGAUAAUAGCAGUGCCAAGGCGUUCCUUCUCGAAGCAAUGGACGCGCCUAGCGAGGCCUCCAUCGAUGCUUCGCUACAGCGAUUGGUAGGUAUGCACGCACUUGCUAAGAGCAAAAAGAAGGGCCUACGUCUGACGCUGCUGGGGUGGCAUUUGGCGCACAUUUGCUCAAGCGGCGUAUCCAUACAGAUGGCGAAGUUCCUUCUUUGGGGGCACAUGUUUGGCUGUUAUGACGCUACGUUGAAGACUUCGUGCGCGCUGAGCGGUUAUCGGGAUCCAUUUGACAGUUCCCUUGGCAUGUCGAAGGGCGAUAAACAACUGGUGGCUGCUGCCAAGAGGGCGUUUACUCGCAAUGGAUCGCCACCAGAGCUUACUUUGCAGAGCGAUCAUUUCGUACUCUGUAAGGCGUUCGAGGCGUACCUCGACGUGCGCUCUUCAUGCAAGACAAAGAGAUUAUUUUGUGCUGAGAAUAGGUUGAAUCUGCAGACUUUGGGUCAACUCGGUGCGAUCUACAAGAAGCUGCAGCAAGACCUGGUCAAGAUGGGAUUGUCGGCCGCAACUCAGCUUGUGCCGACCUCCCCCGCCAACAACACCAGCAACUAUGGAGAGCAUCGCACCGUAUUUGAUGGCCCUCAGUAUCGUGCUGGCCUGCAUUCAAAGUGGAAAAAGCGUAAACGUGAGCAGGAGGAGCUUGGUGUGCACGAAUGGCUGGUGUAUCACGACAUGAUGCAAUCUGGAAGUACUCGUGUGGCAAAGUACGGUACCAGACUGCCGUCAGUUUUGCUGCAAGCGCUUUUCAUGGGAUCGGUAAAAACGCAGGUGGUAGAGGAACGUAAAACUGUCGUGAAGGGCAGUGGUACCGAUGGCGAGUCAGUGGCGUCGAGCACGUGGUUACUUGCCUUGGACGAUUGGAUCACUUUCGAGGCCAACGGUGCUACUGAAGUGCGCUGGCUCGCACUUUUGCGGGAACGCUUGCAUGCUGCAUUUGCUCGUCACUUGGAGCGACUGCUAGUGCGUCCGAAAGCAGGUGAGACCAAUGCGUUGCCAAAGCGUGGUCAGCAGCUAAGGAAGCAUGACGUAGCGCUUGUCCGGGCUUUAGUUGCCUGGGUCUCUUCUGAUCUACGUGGUAAGGUGAGCGUAAGCUGCAAACGGUAG